AUGUCUAACGAGCAGACGUAAAUACCUCGCCCCUCUCGAUCACAGCAGACGGAGCAGUACUGAUGAGCGAAAUAGCUUCAUCGCUAUCAAGCCAGACGGUGUCCAGGUACGAUCGUUCACACUCGACAGACAAAGGCAAUGCGAGAGAUGGAUCAAUUGACGGGUGCUACAGCGUGGCAUCGUCGGCGAGAUCAUCAGCCGUUUCGAGAAGCGUGGGUAUGUUGGCAUUGGGCACACAAACACUGCGAGUCUACCGUCUCACCGACCACCAGCUUCAAGCUUGUCGCCAUCAAGCUCGUCACUGCCUCCAAGGAGCACCUCGAGAAGCACUACGAGGACCUGAGCUCCAAGCCUUUCUUCCCAGGUCUCGUUGCCUGUACGUUGCGAUAGCCUCUAAUACGAAGGAACGACUUGCAGUGGCUGACACCACCAUAGACAUGGGCAGCGGCCCCAUCUGCGCCAUGGUCUGGGAGGGCCGUGAUGCCGUCAAGACUGGCCGUGUCAUCCUCGGCGCUACCAACCCACUCGCCUCUCAGCCAGGUACCAUCCGUGGUGACUUCGCUAUCGUAAGUCUGACCAGAUGCUAUGCCAGAAGUAGCCACCUAACCCCAUCUUGUACAGGACGUCGGCCGCAACGUCUGCCACGGCUCCGACGCCGUCGAGUCUGCCCAGAAGGAGAUCGCUCUCUGGUUCGACAAGAGCGAGAUCCAGAGCUGGAAGUCCGCCCAGCACGACUGGAUCUACGAGAAAUAG